UAGGUUUGGUUUGAAACGUUUCACUGAAAUCCACGAAAACUACUACCGGUGCAGGAAGAUUCCUAUAGUAUUUGUCACCUAAGGAAAACCAUGGCGGAAUUUUGUGGUUGUUGUAGUGAGUCCUUCUUGGUCGUGACUCCCUCGUUUGUGCGGGUGUCUUGUUGGGGAUGUCGGCAAAAUUUCCAUGAUCGCUGUCUUCACAUGAAUGAUCUCGAACGGAGAAUUUUCCGAGAAAGAAGUAUUUGGUGGUGUCCGCCUUGUUCUACCGACAGAUCUAUGAGGGGACUGAGAAUUGAAGAUCCUCCAGAGAUGGGUCUAGACUUCUACUACACUCCUGGCAGCGCUCCUUGCCGCGCUGUGCUGUUGGCCGCUAAAGCAGUCGGAGUCGACCUCAACCUUAAACACCUGGAUCUCAUGAAGGGCGAACACCUCAAGCCAGAGUUCGUUAAAAUCAACCCACAACACAAUGUUCCCACACUUGAUGACAACGGCUUUGCCAUCAAUGAAAGCCGUGCCAUAAUCUGCUACCUGGCUGAGAAGUACGGCAAAGACGACUCCCUCUACCCCAAGGAUGCCAAGAAACGAGCACUCGUCAACCAGAGGCUGUUCUUUGACAUGGGAACACUUUACCAAAGAUUUGGAGACCUCUACUACCCUGUGAUGUUCGGAGGAGCUCCCUUCGAUGAUGAGAAGAAGAAGAAGUUGGACGAGGCCUUUGAAUUCCUGGACAAGUACUUGGAAGACGGCAAGUGGGCUGCCGGAGACAACUACACACUGGCUGACAUCACACUGGCGGCAUCCGUCAGUACAGCUGAGGUGGUUGGUUAUGACGUCAGCAAGUACCCCAACGUAGCCAAAUGGUUAGCCAAGGCUAAGUCUACACUUCCUGGCUACGCAGAGGCCAAUGAGAAGGGAGUACAGAUGUUCAAGGGGAUGUACGAAGCACUCACCAAGAAGGCAUAAGCUGUUCCUGUCAAGGAACUUUCGACUGUUACUUUCAUAAAGUAUUAUACGUUCACUCCUCACUAUGCAUUAGAUCAUUCAUUGUUUAGAUGUUGUUGUUUAUAUGUUAACACACUAAUGUGAUAAAUUAAUGUAAAAUGUGUUUACAUGUUUCAAUAAAACACGUUGAAUACAACAAA